CCAAGCCGCUGCAGCUGCUGUAUAAUACUCGUCAUAGUGUGUGAGCGCGCCUGAUUCUCCCUUUUCUCAAUCAGUAAUAGUCAUUCUGAAUUCUGAUAAUCUGAUUCAGUGUCGGUCGAACGACUUGGUAAACGGUCGCGUGUCGUUUUGUGUCGCUGGUSUUGGGUAGUGUGCGCUCGAACACGGUUAUAUUAAUAAUAUUGUCCCAUUCUCUUGUGUUAUUGCUAAUCGUUAUUUACCAUCAUCGUCUACGUUGUUGUUGUAAUUAUUAUACUUUUUGUUUUACGCCUGUCGACCUUUACCACGCGCAUGAGUGUUCCUUGACUAAAAUAAUAAUUAUUCUUUGAUUAUAAUACAUUUACUAUUCCGUUCUCGUUGAUCUUAUGCUAGGUAUUUAAAACGUGUACAAUAAUUAAUAACAUUGAACGAGAUUUGCGCAGCCAACCGUGUCGGUGUAUCCGCAGACUUUCUGAUCGUCCUCKUCGUCUUCGAUUAUCUCUCACCGUAAAUGAGAACGAAACCCGCCGUACGCCGAAAUUCGUGGACUAACCGUCAUUGACGUUCUGUUAUGGCUGUGGUCGGCCCGAGCCGACACUCCAGGGUGUCAAUGUCGCUGAUGCAGGGCUCGACGAACGGUCCAGUCGGCAACCACCAGCAGGCCAGCGCCUCGCAACAGUUUUUCCACGCUCAGCAGCAAUCUCACCAUGCCGCACAAUCAGCCACCACACAUCCGGUGGAUUAUAAACCUGACAGGCCGAUUGGAUAUGGCGCAUUCGGAGUCGUUUGGGCUGUAACAGAUCCACGAGACGGGCGAAGAGUUGCGUUGAAAAAGCUUCCAAAUGUUUUUCAAUCACUAGUCUCCUCGAAACGAGUUUUUAGAGAAUUAAAAAUGUUAUGUAAUUUCAAGCACGAAAAUGUAUUAUCCGCCCUUGACAUUCUGCAACCGCCUCAUUUGGAUUUCUUUCAAGAAAUGUAUCCUUUUUAAUUUUUAUCAUGUUAUAAUCGACCACAGGUAGGCCAUGCCAU